AUGGCCGUUGAAGCAAGGAAUUUCAAUCUUUUUCCUUCACAAUUCAUGCCCAAUAGUGGUUUCGUGAAUUCCAACCAGGGAAACGCCUUUGCAUACAGUACCCAGAUGGAAUCAUCGGCGGUGCCUUUGCUCUCAUCAAUGCCCGAAAAUUUAUUGCCGAUUUAUCAAUCUCUUGAUUCGACUCCGGCGAAAACUUCUUUGAACACGGAUAGCGGACUCACAUACAACUUACCGCCGGCUCCGAGAAAGCGCUCCAGAGAAUCUAUGAAUCAGUUAUAUGAUGCAUGUAAUUUCGGAGCACCCCAGGAAAAUAAUAGCAUUUCUCCAUCUUUUGUCGGUGAAGAAGUUUUACCUCAAAUCCAGCAAUACCAGUUGGAGAUUGAUUGCAUUAUUUCCCAACAUACGAAAAAGAUUAAAUUGGAAUUGGAAGAGAGGCAAAAGCAACAAGCGAGAUUGUUGCUGUCCACAAUAGGAGAACGUGCGAUGAAUAAACUAAACGAAAAGGAAGUUCAGUUACAGAGAAUGGGGAAAAUGAAUUUGGUUCUUCAAGAAAGAGUGAAGAGUCUUUUUAUGGAAAACCAAUUAUUGCGUAACUUAGCACAAACAAACGAGGCUACGGCCAACUCUCUGCGUACAAACCUCGAACAAGUAUUGGCCCAUGUUAGCGACGAGCGCCUCUCCGGCGGUGCAGCUGUCGUGGCUGAUAAGCAAGUUGAGACAGUUAACUUUUUGCUUAUGGAGUCUGAAACGGAAGUUAAUGCUCAAAAUCUUUGUGGGAAGACAGCAAUGGAUGUUCUGAUCCAUAGUCGAAGAGAUUUUCACGCUGAUUAA